GCUAUGUGGGUUGUUUUGCUAUAUGUUCAGGCCACGAAAAUUUAGUAGGGGAUAAGCAAUCUAGUUGGACAAGUGCGCACACUGACAUGUCGCUAUUUAUCCGCUGUUCAAUUGUAGGUUAGACUUUGUUGGACUGGAUGCAGAUACAAGCCGCAUAUGUUUUUGUAGCGAUUUUUCUCUAUUUAUUGGGAGAGGCAAGACGUAAACAAGUUUGCCAUAUUUAUUGGAUCCUGCAUUUUAAUGCCACCAUGUACUUAGGUUCUCUUUUCCCACAUAGCCUACGAAUCACUUUCUGCUUAUAUGAUACGGAAUGGGCAUGCGAAAUAUCAAUCCCUUGCAUAGUAGCACUUGGACUCAAACUUCCAGAUAGUAGAAGCCUGUCUUUCUACUCAGGCAGGAAUUCCAGCCCAAACGUGUGCUCUUACCUGUAUAAUCAGCAUUAAUAAGGGUACGAGAGGAAUUUUAGAACUAAACACGGAGAAAAU